AGAAGGGCCGCACUGUAGGUCGUCACAAUGAGUGACGACGAUCUGGAUGAAAGCAGUGCGGGACCACUUCCAUCCUCUUCUGGAGGAUUGGCCUACUACGAAGAGGAGUUUAUCGAUGUUGACCAAACCAUUACUGGACUCCUGGCAUCCUUAAAUUUGGAGCAAGUUCGCCAUCGGCGCACAACUGAUGAAGAUGACGAGCUUCUACGGGUAACCCAUCAAAGGAUACAUGCUGUGAUUGCAAGAGAGCAGGACUUCGCAAGGAGGCGUCGUCUGCGAAGGGCUCUACCGCCAUCAAAUUGUGUAAGAGAACAGAUUUUCUACUUACGAAGACUUCCUCAUGGCUCAGUGCCCGCUCCUUCGUACUACCCACGUCUUUUUGGUGCUCUCGACUGUAUUGUCAAAGAGUCAUUUGAUGAAGAGUAUCGAAAAGUCGCCAUCAUUUUAGGUCUUGUUGAAUCCUUGGCUGAGCUACUGGUUUUGGAGUUGGCAGUGUUUGAAAUCCCUUCUAGGAAUGAGCAUAGGUCCUUACGCAAGCUUAUUGCGAACGCUUUGACUAAUCUCACGUAUGGCCACGCUGCCAGCAAACGACGUCUUUGCUUUUACUCCGGUUUUAUUCCAACCGUGGUUAGAAUUAUCAAUGAGGCACGAAAUUUGGCACAGGUUUAUGCUGGUUUGAUUCGGAACUUGAGCUGGAUGGCUGAUGGGAAGAUGAGCGACAUUCUUUCUCCAACCGCAAAAGCCUUAUCACGAGCUGCCGUCAUUGCUCACAAUGAGCGUGAUGAGAGUUGCGUUCGUGCCAUUCUUAGUGCGUUGUGGAAUUUAGCCUCCCACUCAGAACGAAAUAAGAAAGCUAUCUGUGAUGAACACGGGUUCUUACCGCUGCUGACGAGUUUGCUUUCCAACGAUGCGAGAAUGACGGCCGUUGUGGAAAGUGCCUCAGGCAUUCUGAAAUACGUUUCGCAGUACCUGUCAACGAAUUCUAGUCAUCUGAGUGCCAGGCCCGAAAUAGCUGCUCACCUUGUGCAACUGCUCAGCAGUGCCUCAUUCACAAUUGUAGCUAAUACACUGGGUGCAUUGGCCAAUCUCAUCGCGAAGGACCCACAUCUGCAGUCCUUAGUCCGUCAUGAUGUUAUGGCAAUGAACCAAUUGAAUGUCCUGCGAAAUUCAGCUAGAGAAGAUAUACGAGCUGCUGUCAAAGCUGUACUUAACCAUCUGAAUCAGCCCGUAGGGUAUACGCGAUACGCUGAUAUGUCUUCGUCACUUGGAUGUGAUCCCAUUUGUUCUCCCCGUGAUACGCGCUUGCUUGCUCUUCGUGGCGUUCGGAUGUCUCCUGGUGCUGUAACGGGAAUAGGUCCAACACCUUCCUUCGACCACCGCUCUAGCAGUCUUCCUCGACAUUUCAAUCGAGGAGGAUUUGUCUCUAGCCAUGCAUCUCCACACCACGGUUUUCCCGCUCGAGGGCCGAUUUCUAGCGGACCGGCGUUGGGGUUUGCUCCACCACCCACGCAGUACAUCCCUGAUGAGGACACUCCAAUCCAGCCAUCCAUUGUACCAGAUGAAAUCACCGGUGAUCCAAAUUUGGAGGACAGCGUUCGAUGUACUCGAAGUGUUAGCGCCGCUUCGCUUGGCAGCGAAUUGCCGAACACUUCAAUGGGAUGGCAAAGCAACUUAGACACUGCUGCAAAUAGCAACCGAAUGUCACCGGUUUCACCUUCGGAUCUUCCCGAUUCUCCAACGCAAUGUGCAAAGAUGAUGGAAACGAAAGGCGACACUUCGACUCCACUGAGCGUGAAGGUCCGUGGCGGCUCAGGAGUUACGUCUAGCGAACCAAAAUCAGGCUUGACAGCGAGUGACACAGCUACUGCGAUUGUUGAUGACCAGCCAACUCCCACAUUUCCUGCAUUCGUCCUUCCUGCACCUUUACCGCCAGCGAGCUUUCCAUCGAUAGAGAAGACAGACGCUGAAAUUGCAUGUCAAGAUCUCGCUGAUGAUCUGUACGCAGCUGUCAGUGCUAAUUGUGUUGAUGGAGCUGACUUGUUGGCUAGAUCCAUUGAAGCAGAAUUACCACAGCCUUCUCCGAGGGCUGUCACUCCUAAGCAACAAAGGAGACUAGCUGAUGAUCGCCUGCUUGCCGAUAUGAUCGAAGCAGCUCAGCCAUCUCCUCGGAGAGCGCGGCAUGGUUACUCGGAUGCGCAUCAUUCUCCGAAUGUGGAUGCAGAUCGUUUACUCAGCGCUUGCAUCGAUGCUGCCAUGCCACAACCAUCUCCAUCAUUCAAAAGCAGUUCAAAAAACGAGAAGGGCGGACACGGUUGUUUUCCGGUGACCCACCGCGUCCGCCCAUCUCCGCAAGUCGCAGGUCACCCCGUCAGUGUGGAGGACUUUGAGGGAUAUGCAGAAAGCUCAACACAAACAACACCUUUGAAGUCUAAUCAAAGAACCGCACAUCUUCCCUCCAGGUUUUUCCUUAGAUCUCUUUCCAUUCUUGCAGUAUAUUCUCGUGAUUACUCUUCAGAGAACAAUUCGCCUAAUACAAAUGUAUAUUUGUCGCAUGUCUGCACUAGCGAAAAUGGCGAUGAAGCAACUGUACAUGCAAGAGCUGGAAAUUUGAGUUUAUCACUUUGGCAAAAGCAUGGAAAUUUUCGUUUUCUUGAUUUACAACAGAGGAAAAAAUACGGCAACGGCGUACAUAUAUGUCUUAUGUGGAUAGUGCUUACUUUUUGGCUCGAAACUCGUGGUGGAUUAGAGCUGUUGCUAAACCAAGAUAGCCGUCUUGUAGAGCUUGCUUUGCUCUAUCGAACGAUUGUGACACAGAUGGAUAGGAGGCCCUCCAAUGACUCCAUUACUGUCGACAAUGAGAUUGCCAACGGUGUCAACGCUGUGCUGGCGCAGUCGCCUUCGAUAACCCUUGUGGGGAGAUUUUCGGAGACAUUAAUCGACAAAUCGGCUUUGUCAUCAGUGUUGAAGCAGCUGAGGUGCUCGCUUGAAAAAUCGAAAAAGGUGCGCCUUGUACAUUUGGAAAGAGUAGUAGCCACGUUGCAGAAUGAGGCUACGAGCCCAUUCUGGUACGGGCUCGUUGAAUGGACCGCGAUGAUGAAAGUUCAGAACCUGCGAUUGCAGUUUGAUAUUUAUGCUUUUUGA